AUGCAUGUCGCUCUGGAAUCCUCAAGUAAAUUUAAUAUGCUGCACUCCACAAAAUUGCAAUUAACACGGUUUUAUUCGACAAAUCAAAAUAUUAAAGCGAAAUUGAAAAAUCAUUACGAUACAUUGAAGAUCACGCCGAAUGCUACUCAGAAUGAAGUGAAAUCUGCGUAUUACAAGUUGACUCUCCAAUAUCAUCCUGACAAGAACAAAAGCGAGUAUGCCAAACAAAAGUUUCAGGAUAUCUCGGAUGCUUAUGAAGUGCUCAGUAAUCAUGAGCAGCGCAAGAUUUAUGAUCGAAGUAUGUUGCUACAUCAUCAACCCAUGUCGACUGCUACAGAAGAACCCAUGUCUUUUUCUAAGCAUAAGGUUUAUUCAGGGACGUCAAAAAUUUAUAAUUUUGAUGCAUGGACAGAGGCACACUAUGGAAAACAAAUGCAUGAGAAACACAAGAGAAGACAGAUAUAUGAGAAUUAUAAACACAUGCAGAAAAUGGAAAAUAAAGAUGAACAUUCUCAGUAUACUGAAUUUACUAUUGUAGUGUUGAUCAUUAUAUUUUUCUUGGAAGUCUUUGGAGGAAAAAUCCUGAUGUACCAGCAUCUCAAAGACAAGAAAGAAAAUAACGAUAAUUGAAAUUAGUUCAUAUUUAUUUAAUUGAAUAGUAUCUACGUUCCAGUAAUGAAUGUACAAAUUUUAUUUUUUGCUUAUUGUUAUGUCUAUUAAUCAAGUAAAAACAAUAUUAAAUAGAUCAUGUGAUG